AUGUUCAGAAGCCGUAGACGAGUGCCAUCAGAGGGAGCGCUCCGAGUGCUGCGGCAGCUGGCCUACAUCUCGUCGGGCACGGCAUGUGGUGCAGCGGCCGUCAUAGCAGAGGAGCGCCGCCGCCAGACUACGCUCGUGUCCAAGAUAGCAGACAAUUCGCGCCGCUUGAAACAACACCCCCGCUACCAGCAUGCCCACACCCAUGCCCACACCCAUGCUCGUGCCGCUCGACGCAGAGCCACAGACGACACGGCCCAAUCCCACAGUCAUGCCCUCUCGAAGGCCACCUCGAAUGCGCCUCCAGACGCCUUUCGCAACAACCUUUUGCCCUCCGAGGUCGAGCGCGGAUACGCCAAACUCGACUCGCACCGACCGCCCUUCAAGAAGCAUUCCAAAGACAACCAGUCCCAGCGACAUGCGCAUCCUCUGUCAAGGAACCCACCUCGUCAAGUCUUCGACCGCCCCUCGUUCAUGGCCGCCCUUGAAAAGCAUGACUUUGGCACCGCCUUGGCCCAGCUUGACAAUCACUGUUCAGCCUGGUUACAGGUAGGCCGACCUGGUGCUGCCCUGUACGACUUUUGGGACGCUUUCUGCGCUCUCCAGCGCCACGGGACGCCAACCAUCUACGCGCUGUCUGCAGUCAGUCGCCUAUUCCACUCACUCUUAAACAAGAAUGAGUACACGCUUUGCUGCAAGCUAUUGACCCGCAUGUCAAAAUCCGGAUAUACCGCCGCUGAUUUGACUGACUGUAUGCACAGUCUGGCUCUCGUUGCUGCUGCUGCUGGUCAUCCGUCCCUCCUCAUUUGGCUUUACGAAAACUACGGCCACGACAUGCUCUUUCCUAGGGCCACCUAUCCUGCUUUCUGUGCAGCAUACUCGACUCACAAUUCCGAAGUCUGCGCUUUGCUGUUCGGCAAACACAUAUCCAAAUCGGAUCGGCCUUCGGUGCUGCCUCUCUGUGAAUCUGCCUGGUCCGCCAUUCUUGAACACAUGUGGUCCAAGACUCAUAACUACAAGCUUGUCGACUCGCUCUUCCGGGACAUGUGCCACCUAGCAGAGAGCCCGCCGCUCGCUCUCUUCAACUCCAUGAUUUACGUCUGUAUCAAAUCUGGCAAUGUCGAUCAAGCUCACCACCGUCUUCGCAGUAUCCAGCAAACCUCACAUCUCAGUCCCGACAUUGUUACCUUUGGCCACUUCGUACUUUUGACCACGUCGUCUGCUGAUUGGCCGGCCGUAGAUGACCUGAUGGCUAUGCUGACCCGCGCUGGAGAGGCAGAGGCGCCCUUAGAAGGGCGUACGGACAUGUUUAUCCCUGUAUUAGAAGCGUACGCCAAGCUUCAUACGCCCGAGGAGACUUGGACCUUCGUCUUCAAGGCUAUUGAGGAAUAUGGUAUUCUUCCCGACAAACGCAUUCUGAACACCGCCACCAGGAAUCUUGUCAAGACUGGUCGCCUGACCCUAAUACCCGCCUGGGUCAAUAAGAUGAAGACCUAUGGCCAAAAAGUCGAGGUCACUUCGGAAACAGCUUUGGUUAUGAUGCGGCAGUUCUAUUUCGACCUCAGACCCUCUCAUACCGUUCUGCUGUGGCUCUGCCAGAACUUGCUGAAGGGCGUGCCAGAGUACUGGUCUGAAGGCCUCCUUGCUUUGUUGUGUGAAGCUGCAUCGUAUGAUCUUCGGGGUUAUCGAUCGAGACAUCCUGAUAGAAAACUUCAGACAAUGCUCGUGCUUGAGAAAUUGCAAGCCGUUGACCCGAAGUCGCCAGUUUUGCCGAAACCUCUACGUUGGAACGAGAUGCGCCGGCGUAUGGACGGAUUUCAGGAAGACAUGCAGCGUUUACACCUGGAACCACAAGAACCGAUCAAUGAGCAAUCACAGGUACAAGACUUUCCAGAGUAUCAUGACGAUUUUCUGCUGGAUGAUGAUGCAUCCUUGGACGAACUUCCGAAUAUUGCCCUUUCUACAGCCGCUUUGGAGAAAAUGUGGAACGAGAACAAUAUGCUCAUUGCUUUGUCAGAAGGACGACAUUCUGAUGUUUUGAAAAUGUAUGACAGCUGUCUUGGCCAAAGCGGUCUGCCCGCAUCAUCGUACUCUCUGGAGAUGGCGAUUCAGGCUCACAUGAAGCUGCCAGACCAAGCUGUAUCACCCGAAGAUCGCAUCGACACUGCCAACAAAGCCGGUUUGAACACUACAGCGGCAUUGAUUCCAUUACUUGUCCAUCAAAUCCGACAUUCUGCAUCAGGCACACCAUUGCAUAUCGACGAGCUUUGCAAUACUGUACUGUCAAUUUACGAAAAAAUGGCCGGGAACAGCGUCUCCAUCAAACAUCAUCUCGCCACGGCGGCAGCGACAGCCCUGCUUCGUAGUGGCAAGACGAAUGACGCGAUCCUUCUGCUUUCUACAGUCUUCCACUCAAAAUGGGGCAAGAGAAUACCUUUUGAUUUACCAGCCAUGACUGUACUGCUACAGGCAUAUAUUAAAUUAAUGCACAGCUCAGGUAUCGAAUGGGUCAUCAAGGAAGUCCUGGACCACAAUCUUCGCAUCGACUACGCCUUCCUGACUGUCAUUCGCAAAGCACAUAAACACUCUGAACAACGAUCACAUGAUAGAGAUAUCAGGGGUUUGAAUCACCUCAAAGUAAGCAAGAUGCUGAGCUACUACCAAGACGUAUGCAGAGCGAAGCAAGUGGCGCAGAUCAGACGUGCCUCGCAUCUGGGCAAUCGACUCGUGCGGAUCAUGACCAAGCUCGCCAGAUCCGAGGAAGAGUUCAAAGCGCCUCGGAUGCAUCAAGAUGUGGUCGAUCCGGCACUAUGGGGACGGUCUCUUCGUGAUACCAAGCGCCGGAGAACCACGUGGCGCAUCGUUGGGUCUCGGCCGGCACGUGAAGCGAGAAGGGUAAGGACUCUGGAUGCAGACCUGCGACGGACGAGGAGGCAGAGAGCAAAUGUUGCGAAAUAA